ACCUGAUUGGUUCAGCUUGGCAGUGCAGUUUGCCCGAGCGGAGUAGCAUGGAAGCCGCGCGUUGUGUUACUUUUGGACAAUAUCUUCGUCCACAUUUCUAUUUGCUGCUACUUAUUUUCCUCCGAAAUGGCCCGCACACAGUGGAGGGAGUGUGGCCGUUACCGCAGACCUUCACCUCUUCCAUCGAGCGAUCCCCUCUGAGCCCAGAGGCUUUCUACUUUGAAUACGGAAGUCAAUCGGCCGCACAGCAGGGCUGCUCCGUUCUGGAUGCUGCAUUCACGAGAUAUUUUCCUCUUAUCUUUCCAGACUACACUGGAAAUGGUGUUCUGCGAUUCUAUGCGGAUAAACCAUUCCGUCUUGUGAUCACUGUUGACCGUGACGAUUGUGAGAGUUACCCAAACGAGGACUCAUCUGAGAGAUAUAAUCUGAGUGUCUCUGCAAGACAAGCAUCCCUCAAUGCGGAGACUGUGUGGGGUGCAUUAAGAGGUCUGGAAACCUUCAGUCAACUGGUGUAUCAAGAUGAUUUUGGUUCAUACUUUGUGAACAAGACAGAGAUUGUCGACUUCCCCCGGUUUCAGUUCAGGGGAAUCCUGUUGGACACUUCGCGUCAUUAUUUACCAGUGAAGACGAUUUUACAAACUCUGGAUGCAAUGGCCUACAGUAAGUUCAAUGUGUUUCAUUGGCACAUCGUUGAUGACCCCUCCUUCCCUUACCAGAGCCGGACCUACCCAGACCUUUCCAGUAAGGGGGCUUUCCAUCCGAUGACUCACAUCUACACUCAAUCUGAUGUGAGGAGGGUUAUCUCACAUGCCCGGCUGUGGGGAAUAAGAGUCCUCCCUGAGUUUGAUUCACCAGGCCACACUGCAUCAUGGGGGAAAGGGCAGUCUGACUUGUUGACACCCUGCUACAGAGGGAGUUCCCUGUCGGGUACUUUUGGACCCGUUAAUCCAGUUUUACCCUCCACCUACCAGUUCAUGGCAAGACUCUUUAAGGAAGUGUCAUCGGUAUUUCCUGAUUCCCACAUCCACCUAGGAGGUGACGAGGUGAACUUCUCCUGCUGGAGUUCCAACCCAGAUAUUCGAGCGUUCAUGAAAAAGAUGGGAUUUGGAGUAGACUUCACCAAACUAGAGGCAUUCUACAUGGAGAACAUUGUGAACAUCACAUCAGCGCUCAACAAAACAGCUAUCGUCUGGCAGGACGUGUUUGAUUACCAUGAGCUAAUUCCUAAGGACACGGUGCUGCACAUCUGGAAGGGUACCCCUGCUAGUUAUCAAGCAGAGCUCAGCAGGAUGACCAAAGCUGGCAUGAAGGUCCUGCUAGCUGCCCCAUGGUAUAUCAACCACAUAUCCUAUGGCCAGGACUGGCAUCAAUACUACAACGUCCAACCACUGGACUUUCCUGGUACCGAGGAGCAGAAGAAGCUGGUGAUAGGGGGGGAAGUCUGCAUGUGGGGGGAGUAUGUUGAUGCCACCAAUCUCACUCCACGUCUUUGGCCGAGGGCAAGUGCUGCGGCAGAGAGACUUUGGAGUGAUGAGAAGCAGACAUCCAGUGCAGACAAGGCCUUCCCUCGUUUCCAGGACCUGCGCUGCAAGCUUGUGAGGCGGGGCAUCAGAGCAGAGCCCCUGUACGUCGGACACUGCAAACACGAGUACCAAGGCGUGUGAAGACGUCGGAUGGGUCGACGUAAAUACAGAAUUUGAAGGUUCAAAUGCUUUCUUCGGGACUGAAAUCAAUCAAACGAUUAAAAUACCACUCAAGUUGACACCGCUCUUUAAUGGGCAAGAAAUAAACUCUGAAAUAAACUCUGUCAGAAGGA